GAGGAGACACGACUGCGGCGUUCCGUCGCUACACAAACUGUGCAGGGUCGCCCGCUUGGUAGAAAUCCCUCCACUGCCGUUGCACAGUUCAUUGGUGUACCAAAAGUGUUGCUUUGUGUGUGUGUGUGUUUUUUUCCCCUGCCCUAGCAUGGACUCUGUUGAGUCUCAAGGCGUUGUGUACAGCGCCUCCUUCGACAUCCCCUACGCGAUUGGCAGCGUCGCCAUUCCCCUCCCAGAAGCCUCGGCUUCCUCCGCGAAGGAUGGCCUGGCGCCUGCCGGGACAGACGGUCAAGGCAAGUCCGCCGCGUGGAGUCCGACGGCGCACUCGACGGAGCACGACAAGAGAGCGGGGCCGUCCACCUCCUCCACGCGCCGCGGUGUGACCUCGGGCAACAUCCCCUCCGUCCGCCGGUGCACCCACCACCGCUUCUGCUACCUCCGCGACGGCAGUGCGCUGGAGCAGGACAUCUUUUAUCGGUGGUUGCUGCAUCAGCAAAGCGAAGUCGCAGCGGGCGGGGCACCUAAACACGAUCGACGUGCGACGGCCCCUGCAGACGUCGUGGAGCCGUCGAGUCCUUCUCUUCUUUACGCAUCGCUGGACUGCGUGGUCUUCCUGCUGCCCGGCAGCUUUGCGCACCCACGCCGCGUUGUGCGUCAACCGCCGUACCUCAUUGAGGACGACACCUGGGCGGAUCACAUGGUGGAGGUGCAGCUGCACUUCUUGCCGCACCUCCGCAUCCCACCCGUGAUGCUGGUGCACCAGGUCCUGCUGGAGCGGCGCACGCUGCCGCUGCUGCGUCCCCUGCACUCCGCGAUGGAUGCAGCGGCGACUGCAGCGUCCAAGCGAGAAGGGGAGCGGGAGGUGGAAGUGGAAGAGGAGGAGCGAGAGGUUUGGGUGCCGCAGCUGCUGGCGAGUACCUUUGGCAAACCGAAGCUGCCACCUGUCUCUACGAACGUUGUCGUGCGCCACCGCCAUUAUCCGACAUUAGCCAAUAAUGACCUCAACUCGACGACGGCAGGGACAGCAACGGAAUCACAACCGAACCCCUCGUCAAGUCCGCACCAUCACCACCGUCAGCAUCGCCACCACAACAGCGGCAGCGCCACGGCCGCCAGCACCACCGUCGUGGUGACUGAAAAGGUUGACACGCUGCGCCUGUAUCACCCCUCAGUUGGCUUUCUCCAACACGCCCGCUGCGUUCUUACUCUGUCAUCGCGGCCGGUGCUGCGAGAGUUGCACGACGCGUAUGAACAGCUUUACCCCCGAAACCCAACCGUGCCCCACGACACAGCGAAUAGUACUACAAGCGGAGAAGAGGAAGACCGCUCGCUGGACACGCCGUUCCUGUACGCGUGGUCACUGCCGUACGAGGCGGUGGUCGCGGAGUACGCCGCGCAGCGCGCCUCCACCGCGGUAGCGGUCCUGCAGGCGGUGCUCGGUGGGCUGAAGCGGGAGCGGGCGGCGCUGGAGGAGACGUGCCGGCGAUCGAUGCAUCACAUUGCGGAACUGACGACCUCGGUGAUCCCGGAGCAGCUAAGAGAGGUGCACAGUCGAUGUUUGAAGCUCUACCGUAAGGAGUAA